GUGAUGUCGAGGAGUUAGAGCAUCCGAAUCUCUCCACACCUCAACUUUGAAAGAAAGUUCAAUAACUAUAACAAAAGGACGUGGACUAUACGAUCCACUUGCUUUCCACGUUUCACCUUGAAUGUUACAACAUCUUGGAGCGCAGGCUGUAUUUCUCUUUCCUUUAAUGCAAGGAUUUUGUAUUUAGAAAUGUUGUUUUUGUACUUUUUCGGGAUUUUUUAAUGCGUUAACUUUUAUGUUCCGUAAAUUGGCGCGCAAUUGAUUUCGUCAAAGAACCCUUUUUUAUAAAAAAAAUACAGAAAAGUUAUGAAGACGACUUAACUACUCUGUUUUUUUCUUAUACUAUGGAAGGAUCCAGUGGGUCUAGUUUCGGAAUAGACACUAUUUUGUCCACAACCAAUUCUGGCAGCUCAGUACUAAUGAACGGGGAUUUUCGUCUUAGUGACAACAACAGAACAGCGGAUUUCAGGAGCCAGGCGACACCAUCACCAUGUUCGGAGAUAGACACUGUGGGAACAGCCCCAUCAUCCCCGAUCUCAGUCACGAUGGAGCAUCCAGAACCGCAUCUGGUCCAAGACACCCUUCACCAUCACCACCAUCAUCACAGUCAGGCUCAGAGUUUGCAGCUUUCUCCGCCUCAUCCGCUCGGGCAGGCCGGCUGUGCCCCCAGGACUGCCACCUCCUCCUUUCUAAUCAAAGACAUUUUGGGCGACAGCAAACCGCUGGCAGCGUGCGCUCCUUACAGCACCAGCGUACCAUCUCCACAUCACAGCCCCAAAACAGAGAGCGCCCCGGACGGCAUCAGACCCAAACUAGAACAAGACGAAAACAGAAGCAAACUUGACAAAAGAGAUGACAUUCAGAGUGAUUUGAAGUGCAACGGAACAAAAGAAGAGGGAGAUCGGGAAAUAUCUAGUUCCAGAGAUAGUCCGCCCAUCCGCUCCAAGAAACCUCGCAAAGCGCGGACGGCCUUCUCCGACCAUCAGCUCAACCAGUUGGAGCGCAGUUUCGAGAGACAGAAAUACCUCAGUGUACAGGACCGAAUGGACCUGGCAGCAGCCCUAAACCUCACAGACACACAAGUCAAGACCUGGUACCAAAAUCGACGGACGAAAUGGAAAAGACAGACGGCUGUCGGAUUAGAACUGCUGGCUGAAGCAGGAAAUUAUUCGGCUUUACAGAGAAUGUUCCCGUCCCCGUAUUUCUAUCACCCGAGCUUGUUAGGAACCGUGGACAGCACGACAGCGGCCGCCGCCGCCGCUGCCAUGUACAGCAGUAUGUACCGGACUCCGUCUACACCGCAUCCAUCACUCCAGAGACCGCUCGUCCCUAGAGUGCUCAUUCAUGGCCUUGGACCUGGGGGACAACCGGCACUAAACCCGAUAUCAAACUCAAUACCGGGCACACCGCAUCCUCGGUAAAAUUAUUAAAAGACACUGCGAUACAAAAGUAUCAAACAAAUGGUGUGAGAGACUGCGCUGGACUUUCACAAGAAGCAUUUUUGCUCCAGAAAACGCCAAGGGGCCAUUUUAUCUAAGAAAAAGAUGUAUUAUUUAAUAUGGACAAUUUCUGACCUAUAGGCCAAACAAAAACCAGACAAGCCUGGGACCGUGACAGUAAAAUGACUGUUCAUUGUCAGAUUGUUUGUUUUCUCUUUUUUGGUACAAAUACACUUAUACUACAUACACUUAUAAAGUUUAUUAGAUGGAAAGAAAGGGUGAAAUAAA